CGCGACCGCGACCAUAAGAGAAGAAGGGUAGCGAGCCCCGGCGGCAACCGCCCCCAGCCCUCGCGUUCGCGCGUGUUCAGUUCCCACUCCCUCCUCCUCUAACGCAGGCGAGCACCCACGGCGCCGUCGCGCAUGCAGGGAGCAGCGGCCGAGCCGGGCCGCCGGCUGGCGCAGCAGCAGUUCGCGGGGGUCGACCUCCGCCGGCCCAAGGGGUACGCGGUGCCGGCGCCCGCGGAGGGGGACCCGUGCCCGCGGUGCGAGUCGCGGGAUACCAAGUUCUGCUACUACAACAACUACAACACCUCCCAGCCGCGCCACUUCUGCAAGGGCUGCCGGCGCUACUGGACCAAGGGCGGCACGCUCCGCAACGUACCCGUCGGCGGCGGCACCCGCAAGAAGCCCUCAUCGUCGCCGCCAUCGUCCUACGCGGCCGCCGCCAACGCCAACAAGCCCAAGAAGCCCUCCAAGAAGAAGCGCCGCGUCGUCGUCGUCGCGCCCCAGGACCCCGUCGCCGCCCCUGUCGCCGCCCCUACCCUCGUCGCUGCCCCGGCUGCCGACUCCGCCAAGACGACGACGAACGAGACAACGACCACGACGACGAACGAGACGACGGCCACGACGGCGACACCGACGACGACCGACGCGGCGAGCGAGAUCACCACCGAGCUCGUGGUCCCCGCGGCGGAGGAGGAGGACUCCCUCGCCCACCUGCUGCAGCCGGACGUGGCGCUGGGGCUCGGCACCUCCGACUUCCCGGCCGCGGGGAAGGCGCUGGACUUGGAGCCGGACUCGUUCGAGUGGCCGGCGGCGUUCGACCUGGGCGGCGCGUGCUGGGGCAGCGCCGGGUUUGCCGAUCCGGACCCCGCCGGCCUGUUCCUCAACCUCCCGUGACGGAGACACGCGGCGACGGCAGGCCGCGCGCGCCGCGACGUGCUUCGUGCCGUUCUGCGCGCCGGCGCCGGCUGCUUUGAGUCAGGUGUGGGUUUUGGCGACCGACCUGAUUAACGCUCCUCUUCUUGCAGUUUAAUUAGUGGUACAUGAUAACAUGCUUUGGGGGUAUAUGAUGAUAUGGUCGUGACGACGACGAAGACGACGACCUUGAUUUUAGCUUUGUUUUUUUGGGGUCAACUAGUGGCCGCUGGGUGUUUUACUCAUCAGAUGGCUAACUCUACAGCUUUGGGGGUGGUGUUUCAUCUGUCUAUAGACUGAGCUUUGCUUAAGCUUCUUCUUCAAUGGCUAUGCAAAACUUCUUUUCAUGGCGAAA